UCUCGCUAUAUAUCUCGCCGAGACACGCGGAGGAGAGAGAAAGCGGGACCCUCCCCUUCUCCUUCGUCGAACCAGAAAGCCUCCCUCACAAUUCACCGCGGCCAGGGGAAGGAAAGAAGGAAGGAACGAAGGAAGAAAGGUUCGAGCUUUACCGCUACUCAAAUCAUUCCCGUCAUCAUCCUCAUCCUCAUCCUCGCGAAGGAAAGGGAACACGAGGGGUCGAAUCCAAUCCCAACCCCUUGAUCUGGAUCCUCUGCUUUUUCUUCUGAAGUCCAGGGUUGGAUUGAUAACUCAGACCGCAAGCCAUGGUUCUCGACACCGUACUAUCAUCUCCUCACCGGAGAUCGCCAUCGUUUAGGAAGCAAUUUGGACGAGAAGAGCUGGGAAGCUGGUCGACCCUUGCACAGAGGCACCGCUUCCUUUUGACAGCUCUUGCACUUCUUACUUUCCUUUGCACGGUCUAUCUCUAUUUCGCCAUCACCUUGGGCGCAGCAGCAGCUGCUGGGUCGUGCUCUGGCCUGACGGGUACCAAGAAGGCACUGUGUCAGGCGAAGGCUUCUAUAUCCAAGGGAAAGCUAAAGUUCCUCUAACCUUCACAGCAGGAUAAGACUCAUUUAUUUCUACUCCCUGCUUCUGGUGUAUCUGCAAAACUCCAAUGGGUUGUAAGUUUAGAUAUAUCUUUUGCUAGCGUCUAUUUGAUUUCAUAUUUCUUUCUCCGGUGGAGGAUAUGUUGCAUUGGAGGGGGGGCUAGUCUUGCAAAAAUGUAAGCAUUCUAACAAAUAGUUAAGAUUGUGAGGAACUUCAUCUUGACAGUUGUCUGUGUGAACUUUCUUUGAUGAGUAGAAUGAUUAUUUGCCUUCUUU